GGGCGGGAAGUGGAGGGUGGAUGAUCAUCACCAUUGGCCCGCUUCUACGACAACGCACCAACACCGGGUUCGUCCUCCUCAAACCCCGCUCCGCGGAGUGCAGGCCGUUGCAUCCGUCAGCACGUUCUGCUCUUCGCGGGACAGAAUAUUGCUGCUAUUGCAACGCCGCUAUCGACGAGGCCUGCGCUCGUUCCAUGAACAAGGGAACAGCAAGGGAAGAACAAGGGAAGCGUCAACCAACAGCCAACAGGGGGUCGGGGUUUAAUUCUCGGGUGUCCCCCACGGCAAUGGACGGGGGAGAGAAGGCUGGCUUCAACUUGUUUGUUUUGCUUUUCGAGAUCGUGAUUCCAUCCCCGGGUCGAAGGCAAAAGACUCCGGCCCUUUCGUUGAUCUUAUUCGCACUCUCUCCGAGUAUUUCUCCAUCCAACAAAUAGGAUGCGAACAUCCCUGGCCACACUGCUCCUCUGGGGCGCAGGCUCGGUUGCGUCGGUUGUGUGUGCCAAGAGCUGCUCGUACGGGGAUGACCCUCAAAUCAUCGCCCACACGGGCGAACCGGUGGGGACCGAGAAGAUGUACAAUGGAGUGAAUCUCUACAUCUCCAAGCCCGAGUGUAAGGACCCCAAAGUGGGCGUCUUGUAUCUGACAGAUGUCUUUGGCAUCCAGUUGGCGGAGAACAAGCUCCUAGCGGACUCGUUCGCCCGAGCGGGAUUCUUGGUCGUCGCGCCGGACAUGUUCGACGGCAAACCGGCGCCCUUGGAUUUCGACACGCCCGGCUUCAACGCGACCGAGUUCACUCUUCGUCACGGGCCCAACGCGACGGACCCCAUCCUCGCCACGGCGGUGGCUUACCUCCAGACCACGGGCGUGGAGAAGAUCGCGGCCACCGGCUACUGCUACGGCGGUCGGUACACCUUCCGCGUGCUCGCCGGCACUGGCGUCGACGUGGGCUUUGCUGCUCACCCCAGUCUGCUGGAGGAUCCUGAGAUCUUGGCUAUCACAGGUCCCAUCAGCGUUGCCGCCGCUGAAACGGACGUUAUGAUGCCGCCCGAGAGGCGUCCUCAGAUGGAGGCUCUGUUGGUUGACGCCGCCCAGCCGUACCAGUUCAGCCUGUAUGGCGGUACUUCGCACGGGUUUGGCGUGCGCGGUAACGUUUCCGACCCUCAGGAGAAGUUCGGCAAGGAGGGUGCUUUCUACCAGGCCGUCAGGUGGUUUAAUGUUUGGGCCGGUGGUGCUUUGUAAGGACGGAGUUCUCGGGCUAGACCUGGGUUAGACCUGGGUAGAGUAGACCGUUUUCACUUCUUGGAUAGCGAUUUGACUAUUUUACUUCACAUUGGCCGCCCCAUUUUGAUACGGAGAAUAUGAAACGUUUUUUUUAUUCUG